AUGGCGUCCACCGCGCUGCUGGCAGUGGGUCCUCCAGCGUCACAUCCUGCUCCCUGCGCGCAGCCGGCGACUCCCCACGGCUUGGCCGCCGCCUCGUCCUCCUGCGGAGAGGAGGCGCCGAGGACUGGGGAGUCUUCGCUGCCUGAGGAUGUUGAGUGGAUAAAGCAGCAGCCACUUCCUUAUGCUUUGAUGAUGCUCGCGUCCUUCAAUGAGGGCAGAGAGGAGCCCCAUCCUCCCUUCUUCCAUGCUGCACAGGUAUGGAACCAUGAUUUCUAUUGGCGAUCCAUGAAACCUGGUGGUGGGGGCAAGCCACUGGAACGGCUUCUGAAGUUUAUUAAUAGAGACUUUGGCUCCUAUGAGGGCAUGAUCCGACAGUUCAUGGAUGCUGCAUUAACUCAGUUUGGUUCUGGAUGGGUUUGGCUUUCCUACGAAGGAAGCGGUUUGCCUUAUGUGAAAUCAAGAAGCCCAAUCCCAUCUGACAAUUAUGGUAGGCUGGUCAUCUCGAAGACUCCAAAUGCCAUCAACCCUCUUGUCUGGGGCCACUCUGAGUAUCAACUCCACAAUAUCCCCCCUUAUUAUAUCAUCAUGAGUUCAUUUAUCUACAAGAGUCUCAUGAAUCUAUUUCUUUGGCAGCCACUCCUUGCGAUUGAUGUUUGGGAGCAUGCGUACUACCUGGAUUACGAGGAUCGAAGGGCUGAUUAUGUUUCUGCGAUUCUAGAGAAGCUGGUGUCGUGGGAAGUAGUCGAGUCGAGGCUCACAAAAACCAUUGCGCGGGCAGUAGAAAGAGAUGAGCAUCUCCGCAGAAGAAUUCUAAGGAAGCAGCAUUUAGCUCAGGCCAAUGGGCAGAGUAGAGCUAGGCCUCGCACUCGGCAAGGCAGACCGACAGGGAGGCAAGGAGACCAAGAAGUCGCCAGGAGCAGCCCUGUGGAGGCAUGA